AUGCUCGAGAGUGAAUCCAUUGCCAAAAUGCCGGAACCAACCCCGCCAUCCCCUACGUCGCCCAAGUCGCAUUACAGCAAGCAUAUCAUCUUGACGACAUACCCAGGUCAGAGUGGGAUUGACCCAGUGCCUCUCGAAUGGGGUGCUGCAGAUGCCAAAUCUCGUGGGCCAGUGGUGGUAUCUCGCAGUGGUAACCUCGUCAAGCGCCGCAAUGCAAUCGGAGCUCAUGGUGGAAGCUACAGCAUCUACAACGCGUUGGCCAUUGCCGCGGGAGACUUAGAUGCAAACUUCCGACCGGAUCUGCGCAACAGUCAGCCGACCUUUGACUUCCCCUGGCAAAAGGCCUGGGCAGACAAGACCAAGAUCGUGUCAAUGGACCCGUACGGUCAUGAUAUUGUCAACCAGUAUAAGGAGGAGCUGGAGGCGGGCUGGGAUAUUCGGCCCACAAUGGCAAUUACGCGAGCUAACAUGAAGCUGGCGGAGAUUGCGGAUUCUGUGCGAGAUGGGCAGCUUGAGGUAGACGGCUCUAUUGUCGUCGACUCAUCUGGCGAGGUGCGAGUGACAAAGGUCGCAGUCGAACCGGUGUGGUAUUUACCUGGUGUGGCUGAUCGGUUUGGCGUUGACGAAGGGACUCUUCGUCGCACCUUGUUCGAGCACACAGGUGGCAGCUAUCCAGAAUUGAUUACCCGACCUGACUUGAAGGUGUUCCUUCCGCCGAUUGGCGGUCUCACCGUUUAUAUUUUCGGACCGCCAGAGCGAGUUGCCGAUGAGAAUGUCAAGCUGGCUCUUCGCAUCCACGAUGAGUGUAACGGUAGCGAUGUGUUCCAGUCUGAUAUUUGCACAUGUCGACCAUACCUGGCCUUUGGUAUCCGUGAAGCAAUCUGCGAGGCACAGAAUGGUGGAAGUGGCGUGGUCAUCUAUUUCCGUAAGGAAGGUCGUGCUCUUGGUGAGGUGAUCAAAUAUCUCGUUUACAACGCUCGGAAACGAGGUGGGGAUACCGCCGAUAAGUACUUCACGAGAACGGAGAACAUUGCCGGAGUGCGCGAUAUGCGAUUCCAAGCCCUGAUGCCAGAUAUUCUACAUUGGCUUGGUGUCAAGAAGAUCGACCGCAUGCUGUCCAUGUCUAACAUGAAACAUGAUGCCAUUGUGGACUCUGGGAUCAAGAUCCUCGAGCGUAUUCCCAUUCCUGAUGAUAUGAUCCCCAGUGACUCUCGAGUCGAAAUUGACGCCAAGAUUAAUGCUGGAUACUUCACCACGGGCAAACAGAUUUCCAUGGAUGAACUGGCCGAAGUUCGUGGCCGUGGUUGGGAGAAAUGGGAGGAUAUUGAGCACUAA